UAAUCUAAUCUAAAUAGUAACGAUGUGAAUAAUGAUGUGCAAAAAUUUGAAUUGGUACUUCGCAAAUAAUACAAAGCACGUCGAUAAUGAUACAAUACAGAUAAUAAUAAAACAACAUCAUAUGACCUGAAUUCGUAAAUACUUAAAUAAUCGUCAAUUGUCGGUUAUUUCAAACGUUGAAACGUUGUACUUGUGACUUGAUCAUACCGCCAUAAAAUUAUCUAUAAUCGUUUUCUGCUUACAUAAUGUCUUUAAUAUAACAUUUGAUGAUCCAUAACUGCGUAUAAAACUUUCAUUCGACGUCAAUCGCAACGAAAAGUUAUAAAAUGAUAUUAAUUCUAGUGUUUGUUUUAAUAGUGCUACUUGUAAUCUAUACAAUUGUUUUAAAUCGGAAUAGACCAGCCAAUUUUCCGCCAGGUCCUCCGAGACUUCCAAUUGUUGGUAGUUAUCUGCAUAUUUUAUUCGCGGACUACAAAUAUUCUCAUCUUGCGUUGCUUAAGCUUGCAAAACACUACAAUACAAAGGUUUUGGGGUUUUAUUUGGGUGAUACUCCAGCCAUUUCAACUUUUGACUGGGAUUUAACUAAAGAAUGUUUUGUUAAGAAUGAAUUUAAUGGUAAAGGAUUCGGUAUUUUGAGUUCAGCUCGUGGACAAGGAAAAGCGCAAGGGAUAUUUUUUGUCGAGGGACAAUUUUGGAUCGAUCAACGUCGUUUUUCACUGAGUACUUUACGAGAUUUUGGUUUUGGAAGACGUUUGCAAUGUUUUGAAGAAGUUGUCGGUCAACAAGUGAAAGAAUUAGUUGAUUUACUACAAAACAAACCGAUUGAAAGUGAUAGUGAUGUGCAUCGAAAUAUUGGAGAAGUUCUUGUCCCUGAUAUAUUUUUCGGGUAUUUUAUGAAUUGUAUGUGGUAUAUAUUGUCUGGUAGUUUCCAUGAUCAACACGAUUUGCGCGAUUUGUGUCGUUCAGCGAUGGGAUUUCAAAGAUGCACUGAUGCACUUGGUGGGCUGAUAACCUUAGCUCCAUGGGUGAGACAUAUUGCACCGAAAUUAUCUGGGUAUCAAGCUGCAGUUGAUGAUAACUACGACAUGUAUUUGUAUUGCAAAAAAUUUGUAGAUGAGCACUUGGAAACCUAUGCAGAAGAACACAUGCGUGAUUUUAUCGAUGUUUAUAUAUCAAAAAUCAAAGAACAUGAAGAAGGUUUUCAUGUGGAACAAUUAAUAUUUAUGGUGUUAGACUACAUGUUUCCUGCUGGUGUGGCAAUGGGACAUUCAGUAAACUUUGUUUUUGGUUAUUUGGUAAAUUAUCCUGAAAUUCAACAGAAAAUGCAACAACAAAUUGAUGAAGUUGUUGGACAAUCACGGAUGCCUAAUCUAAAUGAUAGAAUGAAUUUACCAUAUGUUGACGCAGUUAUCAAAGAAACUUUGCGAAUAGAACCUGCAAAUCCUAUAAGUUUAGGACGUGUGUGUACUGAUGAUACAACACUUGGAGGUUAUGACAUUCCAAAAGGGACAUUUGUGGUUCCAAAUGUGUGGCACGCUCAUAACGAUCCAAAAGUUUGGGGUGAUCCUGAAAAUUUCCGCCCGGAACGUUGGUUGACCGAAGAAGGACGUUUAAUUAAACAAGAUAAAACCAUGGGUUUCGGUGGUGGAAGAAGAAUAUGCGCUGGUGAAACGUUCGCCAGACAAACAAUGUUUCUCUUUAUCUCGUCUCUAUUGCAACAUUAUUCAUUCGGUCCAUGUGACAACGAACCGCGCGUUGAUUUAACCGACAUUAUCCCAGGAAUCAAUAUGAGUUUACAAAAUUACUGGAUUAAAGCUACACCAAGAAAUUGUUCGUCUUUACACUUGCAUUCAUACUUGCAAUUUCAACAGAUCAACAUGUUGGCUGUGCCUGUACUCUUCGUGGUUGUUGUAGUGUUGGUUGCAGUUUUAUUUCUUAGAGAAUUCGGCAAGAAACCAGCGAAUUUUCCGCCAGGACCUCCUAAACUUCCAUUAUGGUUUGGUUAUUGGACAAUAUUAAAAGAAAACUUUUUCUAUCCGCACAUUGGGUUGGUUAAACUGACAAAAAAAUACAAAACUAAAUUAUUAGGUUUUUAUCUUGGUGAUACUGCAGUUGUGACAACGCAUGAUUAUGAUUUAAUCAAAGAAAUUUUGUGGAGAGAUGAAUUUGCAGCCAGAGCUGAAAAUGUUAUUGUUGAAAAUCGUGGAAAUGGAAAAUACGUUGGUAUAUUUUUCACUGGUGGAGCAUCUUGGAAAGACCAGCGUUGGUUUUCUCUGCGUUUUAUGCGAGAUUACGGCUUUGGGAGACGUGAUCAAAGCAUGGAACAAACAGCAGCUGAUGAAGUGCGUGGUUUAAUACAAUUUUUCACCAGUAAACCAAAACCUGAAGAUUCUGAUAUUUGUACGACAACCGGUAUAGUCAAAAUGCCCGAUACAAUUUACGCCCCUGCUGUAAAUUGCAUUCAACACACACUUUCCAGCCGCCAUUAUGAUAAUUACCGUGAAUUACGAGAAAUUGGCCGAGCUGCGACAAAUUUCUUGAAAUGCAUUGAUUCGACCGGUAACGCCAUCUGUAUCACACCAUGGUUACGAUUUUUUGCUCCAAAAUACUUCGGUUGGACUUCCAGUUUUAAAGAUAGUGCUGUAAUCACUAAAUUCGCCAAGAAAAUCAUCGAAGAACGCAAAUUAAUUCAUCAGGAAGACGUUGUUGAUAAUUUCAUUGAUGUUUAUCUAAAUGAGAUGAAAUAUUUGAAAAAUAAUAACAAGAGUGAAACAUCUUUCAAUGAGGACCAGAUGAUUUAUACAAUCGCUGAUUACACUUUCCCUGCACCGGUUGGAAUUGGCCAUACGCUCAACAUCAUCUUCGCAUACCUGCUGCAUCAACCUGAUAUUCAGGUGAAAGCGCAAGAAGAAAUCGAUCGUGUCGUGGGUAGAGGACGUCUGCCAACAUUGGAUGAUCGCAAAGACAUGCCAUAUACAGAAGCAUUACUUCGUGAAGGCUUGCGAAAAGACCCGAUUGUUCCUUUGUGCAUCACAAGAAGAUGUACAGUUGACACCUAUUUAGGAGGAUAUUUCAUCCCGAAGGGAACAGUAAUCUUCCCGAAUCUCUGGGGGACACAUAACGAUCCCAAUCUGUGGGAUAAACCGGAAGUGUUUAAUCCAAUGAGAUUCUUGGAUGAAGAUGGGAAUUUAUUGAAGAAAGAUAUGACGUUGGGAUUUGGUGCUGGCAAACGCUUGUGUGCUGGUGAGACCUUUGCACGCAACACAAUGUUCAUCUUCGUUUCUGGAAUCCUACAGAAUUUCACGCUUGCUGUGCCUGCAGGACACAAAAAACCUGACUUUUCAAAGUUUAUCAAUGGAAUCACCAUCAGUCUGCCUGAUUAUUACCUGCAGAUGAUUCCUAGGCCUUAAAUAUUCAUUUUAUUACCUAAAACUAACAUAAAAAUGAAUAAAAGUAGUAUUUUUAUAUUUUUUAUACAAAUAUAAUCAUUUCGUAUGUAAUUUUACAUGUUUUUAUUAAAGUAAAUACAAAAUAAAGGUGUAAAACUCGAAAAAUAA